CCCCGCAGAGCCGGCCUAUGAACCUGGACGACAGGGACCGGCUGACCGAGUUUAGCCGCAACUUCAGCGAGUCGUCUGUGUACGCCUCCUAUGUGACGGCCUGGAACAGAGUGGUCUUGUGCUACGAGGGGUCCGCGUCUGACCAGCAAGGCAGGAGCUGGAGCAUGGACAGGCAGCUGACAGCUAUCCGCAACUUCUUCCGCCGGUUGUUCUUCCGGAACAAGGAGGUCGCCGCAGCUGCCGGACAGAAUGCGGAACACGCCGAAUCUGCGGCCGAUGUCGUUGCCAACCACGAAAACGCGGCUAGCAAACAUGACGAGCAGCUGGGAGACCACAAGGAUCCCAGCGACGACUACCACAACCAAGUUGCAAGACCAGCGCAACUUAAGAGUCCCUUCACGCACAGUACGAAAUGUGGACAUUUCUAG